GUGAGGACGACGACGAGGGGGAGGGGGAUGGAGAGGGGGAGGGGGAGGGCAAGAGGUGGUACGGCUUCCACGACCCGGGAGAGAUACGCAAGCUCGCGGAGUGGAUCGCGCACGUCAACGGGCUGCACACCGACAAGAAGUCCAAAGCCGACGUGGCGUCCGAGGAGCCUGCGCCUGCGCUCGCAAUCACGAACGGCAAAGGCAGCAGCAAGGCAAAGUCCAAAUCCACUUCUUCGUCAUCGGCCCUCUCGUCCCUCUCAUCAUCCAACGCAUCAAGUCCGCUCUCGUCCGUCCCGUCGUCUUCGUCGCGCUCCGCAUCGUCCAAGGGCAAAGCGCGCUCUAAAGCCCGCGAAUCGCUUACACCGCUCUCAACUCUCUCCCUCUCCGACGACGACGACGACGACGGCGAGGGGAUGAGGAUGUUGCAGCGCCGGAGCGCGACGAGGGCGGAGCUGGAGAAGCUCGUGCAGGGGUUGAAAGAUUGGGCGGACGUGCUGGAGUGGAGGAUCGCAAGGGCCGAGGAGGGCGCUGCGUCUCUUGAUGAGAAGGAUAAGGACGUGGGGAAGGAGAAGGGGAAGGGGCGGGGCGGGGCUGUUCUGCCGAAGAGCUUUUAUGGAUGA